AUGAAGGAGCUAUAUUUUCAUUAUAGAACAUAUUUAUGGUGAUGUACCCUUGAAACAAAAAGAGUUCUCAAAUGAGUGCUCUUGAGUGAUAUGAAUGUGUGAAUCUCUUAAGGAGUAGCAGUUUUUUCAUGACAUCACUGUGACAUCAGCUCAUAAUGUUUAAGCCGACUUUAUGUGAUUUACCUUCGGUUAAGUAAACAGAUUUAAUACUUCAAAAUAGAUUUCUUGUUCCCAUAUAUUUGCAAAUCGCAGGCCCCUUCCCCCUUAUCAAGAGAUUUGUCGGUCUGCUCAGCUAAUUUGCCACAAAAGGGAAAAGGAAUUUUAAAAAAAAGCGCCUUUCUUUCGAUUGCACUACGAUAUACACCGUCAAUCAUCCUUGAGCAAUAGUGAAACGAUCAGCAAUGGCUCAAUUCCCAAGAUACCAAGAGCAAUCCCACGCUUUUGUCAAGCACUCAAUGGUCAUUUGGCGUGACUGGCAAUCAUUAUCACAAUGGAUCAUGAUGCACCAUGCUUGGAUCAAAUACAAACUAAACGGGCACAAUUUGACGUUCCAUGGCUUCCGUUCCCAACUGAACGAACGCAAAUGGGAACACGACCAGACAAAACCUCGAGGGUCCCGGUGUUUUUAUGGGGAUAUCAAGGCCUCACUCAUGUUUUGGUUUGCUCUUGUCCGGUUGAGACGCUUGGUGCUCUUCAAAAAGUCGAUCUGUAUUUGUUAAGAAAGCCACCGCACGUUUAUUUCCCUUGCAACAAUUUAGUGGUCGAUUUCGACUCCAACACCAAAGAACUCCUGGCCGAAGUUGAGAACUUUUUGGAUUCGGAAAACUUCGCUGUUAUCUCCAACCUUCUUUUGUGCCAGUUCCAGCCAAUGAGAACACCAAGCAUUCAUUUAUCCAACAACCCAGCAAAAGUGCAUUUUAUAUCUAAUUUCUCCAAGGACAAUGGGCGAUCCAAGAAUGGUGUCUGACCUGGAGGAAACUAUUCAAAGGAUAAAGGAUCACGAGGGCGUGAUGGGAAUGAUGGUUAUCAAUCCGGAUGGCGUGGCCGUGAGAACCACAAUGGAUUCCACACAUACCAACUCAUAUUCAGCCAUUUUAUCGCGGCUCACCGAUCAAGCUAGGUCUGCCAUACGAGACUUGGAUCCCUUAAACGAAGUCACGUUUAUACGGUUGAGAUCCCGGAAGAACGAGAUCUUGAUUGCACCUGAUAAGGAGUUCAAUCUGAUCGUGGUUCAAACUCCCGCAGACGUGGAAUCGAAUCAUGCCAAGCAAUCCACGCAAUAAUAAACAAAUGUCUUGCAAGCAAACUUACUAGAAUAAAAUGGUCCAAAUGUC